ACCUUCACAUACCGGCCGGCAAGGCGACAUGGACGGGUCAGCCUGAAAUGUAAGUUUUUCCAUCGUUCGAUUUAAUAUAAAUACUACAGGCAAGACCCAUCUUCAUCAUUAGCUUGGGUUCAUCCGUGAAAAUAACACAAUUCAGCAUCAUGCAAAAAAUCAUUGCCUUCGUUGUAGUUCUUGGAUUAGUGGUUGCCGAUAAUAUCGAUAGAGAUGCCGAAAUCAGAAGUCUUGCCAAUGAUGUUGGUCCCGAUGGCUCUUUCCAUUAUUCAUUCGAGACCAGCAAUGGUAUCGCGGUCAACGCUCAAGGUAAUGCUGAUGCUCAUGCUGGAUCUGCAUCAUGGAUCUCUCCCGAAGGAACUCCAGUUAGUAUCUCAUACACAGCUGAUGAAAAUGGAUACGUAGCUACAGGCGAUUUUGUACCGAAGACUCCAGAAUAUGUCUUGCGCGCAAUUGAAUAUAUUAAAGCGCACCCAUCACAGGACGAAUAUUCUCAACAACCACAGCAGCAACAACCUCAACAACAGCCCGUCCCCCAGAGACGAUUUUAAGUGAAAUUUUAAUGCUUUGAAUGAAAUAAACAAUGAAUUAGGUAUUGGAAA